AAAAAAGGAAGCCUUUUUAUCAGAAGAAUCCGUAAACCAUUAUUUUCUUACCCAUUCUCUUCGUCUCCAACAUCUCAUCAGGAUGUUAUCGUCAGUAGGGAUGAUAUGCAGCUGCUCUUACAAACCCUCUACUCCAACAAGUUUCCAUGGUGACUCACUCCCUUCCAACCCCCACACCUUUAAUUUCAACCUACCCAAGCUCUCUGCUCACCCUAAACUUAUCCAUGGUUCCACAACAUUUCGGAACCGCGCUCCUGCUAUAGCGGCGGCAGCGGAAACAAUUGCAACAGAAACGCCCCUAGAAUCUGAGAAGCUGGGAGUGGUUGUGAAACCGAUGGAGAAACCAAGGUUAGUGUUGAAGUUCAUCUGGAUGGAGAAAAACAUCGGUUUAGCACUAGACCAAGUGAUUCCAGGAUACGGGAGUAUUCCAGUAAGUCCUUACUAUUUUUGGCCAAGGAAAGAUGCUUGGGAAGAGCUUAAAGUGAUGCUCGAGAGUAAGCCAUGGAUUUCUCAAAAGCAGGUGAUUAUUCUUCUUAAUCAAGCUACUGAUAUCAUUAACUUGUGGCAGCAGAGUGGUGGUGAUAUACACGCCGUCCUCCUCCGAUCUUCGACCAACGCUGUCUUCAACCCUCUAAAACGAAAUCCGCUAAAAACCUUGCUAAUUUUUCCCUGGCCCGCGAAGCACACAUUGAAAGAGCAAUAUUCGACGCCGUUUCCGGCGUGUGCUAUACUGUUUCAAUCUCAGCUUAAGACUACUAUAAUACAACAGCUCUGA